AUGACGCAUAUUCUUUCGCAGUUCGAAACCUUCCACGGGGGCCCCCUUCAUGCGGUGUCCUUCGACUUGUACGGCACGAAAGUGGCGACUGCCAGCAGCGACGAGUCCAUCAGGCUUUGGGACGUUUCAGCGGCGAAUGCGGGUGCUCAAUUCCUGCAGGAACUGCGAGGCCACAGCGGCCCCGUCUGGCAGGUCUGUUGGGCGCACCCUCGAUUCGGCUCUGUCUUGGGGUCUUGCGGAUACGAUCGGCGAAUCGUAGUCUGGCAGCAGCAGUCAGGGGCACAGGCAUUUGUUCCGGUGUAUUCCAACGAUGAGCAUGGAGCAUCCGUGAACGCUUUGGCCUUUGCUCCCGAGGCGGCAGGACUGAUCCUUGCGGCAGGCAGCAGCGAUGGGUGCAUCUCUGUCCUGACACACCAAGAAGGGGAUCUCCAGCAGUGGAGUCGACAGGUGUUUUCUGCACACUUCAACGGGGUUCUGGCCGUCGCCUGGGCCCCCAUAGGGGCCCCUGGCGCCUCGGGAGGGAACAGUAGGAUGGAGAGCCUCCUGAUGGCAUCGGGGGGAGGUGACAACAACGUCCGUCUAUGGAGUUUGGACGCAUCACAGCAAUGGACAGAACUGCCUCCAAUGGAAGGCGAGGGUCACUCGGAUUGGGUGAGGGAUAUCGCCUUUCGACCACAGGGAGCCUCUUCCUUUGUGUUGCCGGGAGCUCUCCUUCUGGCAUCGUGCAGCGAGGACAAGACUGUUAAGCUUUGGCUGGGAGAACCCCCUUCCCAGCAGCUGCAGGAGCAGCAAGAUUCGCAGCAGCUCGUCACUCCGGCUCCCUCACAGUACAAGUGGCAUCUCCUGCAGACACUUGUCUUGGACGCCCCAGCGUGGAGGCUUUCGUGGAGUCAAAGCGGCGCUCUGCUGGCCGUUGCAUGCGGCAAUUCUGCCGUUUUGCUGCUCAAAGAAAAUGUGCAUGGCACCUGGGAACUCGUCGCUGACCUCGCAGAGAGUAACGUUGAAACCGAGAAACAACAACAGCAGCAACAGGUUCCCCCCCCCCAAGAUAUGCAACAGCAGAAGCAGAUGCCACCCCCCUCACCACUGCAGCCCCCUCUCCCCCAACAACAGCAACAGCACCAACAAAUGCCCCCCCCUUCACCACUGCAGCCCCCUCUCCCCCAACAACAGCAACAGCACCAACAAAUGCCACCCCCCUCACUGCAGCCCCCCCUCCCCCAACAACA